UUGUAGCCGAACCCCUCGCCUCUCUGCUACUCGUUCAAACUCCAACCAAACAAAUGCCUGUCUCGCUGCUAUCUUCCUCUCCCACGCUCGCCCCCAACUUCGCCUCCGACCUCUCCAAAUCUGUCUCUCAUCCGCCUCCGAGCCAUCUUGGAUCCAUGGAUUCUUCUUCUAGAGAUCCCUCUCUUCUUCCUCCUCUGCCACCAUCAAUCCCGUCCCGACGACGAAGAAGAGGAGGCCGAUGCCGCGAAGACUGCCCCUCCGCCGCCGUGGCGGCGACGGGCGGAGGCCUGGGCCCAGGACGCCGGCCCAUGUGAUUGAUAGAUGGUGGGCGCCGAGCCUUUAAACAGUUGCCAUCCUGCAGAUGGGACCUGCCCUUCUUCCCAUGUCAAUACAAUCACUCCCUCAAGCUGCCGAUCAUUACAACAAGUUGCGAUCUCCAGUACUGGACUUUAUACUCGAUACCAAAGCAGGAUUGAUCAGCACAAGUUGCUGCUCGGAUCUGAGGAGCGAACGACCAUGGCGAAAUUAGAGAUUGAUAGAAUUCGUUGCCGAGCAAGCUUUGGGUUCCGCUACCAGGAAACCUACGUACUCAGUGAGUGCCUCGAGGUUGUGAAGUCGAGUCUCUAAAUGCUUUAGGAUUUGUUUCAUAAACAAGUGAAAUGAACCCAACCACACUUUGGCUUCCUUGGAAACAACACCAAAUUGAACUUGCCGCAUCUACUGAUCCCGAGAACACAAGGAAAUCGCUAGCGUUCAAAUCUCGCUUAGCAUCAGCUUCAGAAAAUUUUCGUCCUUUGCACAUCCUCUGCCGUCUAGACUCCAAAUGCAGCCCAAUUCGCUGCGCAAAACCCAGUUUUUAGAUCUCAUUUGAUGUAGGGAAGUUAUCUCUUACUCCUGAGGAAGGGAAUGGAGGGAGAAUAUCGAAGAGAUCAGAGCAUAUCUCUACUGAUCAUCGUAGUCGUCGCCGUCCUGUCUCUCGUCUCCCUUACCCUCGCCUUCAGCUAUUACUGCUACAUUAGCAACAAAGUUGCCAAGCACCUCGAGUCCCUCAGCAAAUCGCCGAAGGAGGAGAGGGAAAAGGCGGCGCCUUUGAGCGGCAGUCGCAGCGGCGAAGAAGCGCCGGUGGUUGUGAGUGAGAGAGGUGUGCAGGUGUUCACAUACAAGCAGCUCCACUCCGCCACCGCGGGGUUCGGGAAGGGAAAUGUGGUGAGCCAUGGAAGCUCUGGGGCCGUGUACAGGGGAGUGCUCGCCGACGGGCGCGAGGUUGCCGUGAAGAUCAUGGGCCGGCCCGGGAUGCCGGGGGAGGAGGAGUUCAAGUUGGAGGUGGAGUUGCUGACGCACCUUCGUUCCCCAUAUCUGCUGAUGCUGAUAGGGCACUGCUCGGAUGGCGGCCACCGCAUUUUGGUGUAUGAGUUCAUGGCUAACGGUGGCCUUCAGGAACAUCUGUAUACUCGAGGAGAAUUUGGCACUACAGGUUAUUGUGGUGGAACUUCGAAAUUGGACUGGCAAACUCGACUCAGGAUAGCCCUUGAAGCUGCGAAAGGUUUGGAGUACCUUCAUGAGCAUGUCACUCCGCCUGUCAUUCAUAGAGACUUCAAAACCAGAAAUAUUCUUCUGGACCAAAAAUUCCAUGCCAAAGUUUCAUAUUUUGGCUUGGCAAAGCUUGGAUCUGAGAUAGCUGGAGGCCAUGUUUCCAAACGCGUUUUAGGCACACAGGGAUACGUUGCCUCAGAGUAUGCUUUAACUGGGAAUUUGACUACCAAAUCAGAUGUAUACAGUUAUGGAGUUGUUCUAUUGGAGCUGCUAACCGGUCGAGUUCCAGUGGAUAUGACUAGGCCUCCCGGGGAAGGUGUUCUUGUAUCGUGGGCUCUGCCUUUGCUCAGUGACAGAGAAAAUAUUGUUCAGAUCAUGGAUCCUGCGUUGGAAGGCCAGUAUUCUGUGAAGGAUGCUGUUCAGGUUGCUGCCAUUGCAGCCAUGUGCGUGCAGGCAGAAGCUGAUUACAGGCCUUUAAUGGCUGAUGUGGUCCACUCACUCCUUCCUCUCGUGAGGAAGAGAUCAUCUGCCAAACACUUCUGAGUAUUUGUGAGCCAAUUCCUGCAGUGGAAUCCUAAGCCAAAUCUUUGUCAUGUCUUGCUUCUAGUUUAAGUUAGAACCCUCCUCGGCAUCCAAGUCUUUGUUUAACCUCAAACCUGAGUUGAUGAGCAAUUGAGAUCCAUUUAGCUGUACGCAAGUAUUUGUUUAACCUCAAACCUGAGUUGAUGAGCAAUUGAGAUCCAUUUAGCUGUA